CGCGGCGCGACAACGCGAGAGUUUAGAAUCGAGAUUUGAACCGACAAGACGACGACGCGCGGAAGUCGAGGAAGUGAGCCAAUUAGCUGAAACGCGUCUCUGUUUUUAUCUUCAGUUUUCGAAAAAAGAGUACACAUAAUGACAAGCAACGAUGAAGAGGAGACAAAUUCAGGGACUCUUCGACGUGGAAAUAGUUUACGAAUUUCUGCUCGUGACUAUUUAAAAGAGGGUGAGUUGAUAAGAAAUUCACAGACUGGAGGUUCCCUGAGAAUUCCUCGAAAGUCGGAUAGGCUUGAAGAACACAAUCUUCUCUGCGUUCCUGACAGUCCGAAUCAAAAGCAGAGACCAAUCAGACCCACAAGACAUUCCGCACCUUCGAUUCUUCCACCUGCUCCUGAAUUUCUUGCCAGGAACCUUCUUCAACUCGGAUGUCCUGUUGUCUUGAUACCCAAACCUCGAUCCGGUGUCGGCACGGAUCCUUUACAAAGUAGCGACAGCGAUGACUCCACGACGAUGCAGAGCCACCAUGGUGGUCGUUCCCAGGGUGAAGGUCAAGGCCGUGGCCACAGUCAGUUGGAUAGCUCUGGCGUUCCCAUGGUCCAGAUUUCUGGUCCGCAAGAUUCCUCCGAACCUGAGCCCAUCAUCGAUGGGUCUGCGGGGUCCAUUGGGGCUCGUUCUGCCCCCACCACACCAUUGCAGGGCAAUGUAGUAGGAACACCUGUAAUCCAACAAAUUCCAGUUUCUGGAGCUCAGCUCACAGUUACUGGAAAUAUUCCACCACCACCACCACCAAAAAGUCCCAGUCAUUCUGCUUUAAAAACGAGCGAAAGCCAACUUUCAAAGCCAUUGAGUAAAAGUACACCAUCGAUGGUUGUUGGUGGUAUCCAAACAUCCGUCAGCAGAACUUCCUCAAAAUCUUCACCUGGAAUGUCCACAAGUAGUGCAAGACAAAAAAAGUUUCAUAGGCACUUUAGUCAGGUCUUUAAAUUAGGGACCUACUUUAGCAUCGAUCGAUUGGAGCAGGAGUUAUUUGAAAAACCAAAAUACUUUAGACCCACCGCUAAGCCCCCGGUGAAAUCUAGUUGGGGAGGAUUUAAUCCAGGGACAAUUAUAGCAAUUCUGGUGGCCCUUUUGGCCGCCCUUUACGUCUCUGCUGCUUUAAUGAUGCUACGGAUUGACAAACUGCACUCUGCAUAUGUCAACCAUCCACUCGCAACUCCAGAGCGAUUUACACAGGACCGGCUUUUGCAGUACCUCAAUACAAAUCUGGAUCAAAUUGUUAAGGUUCGACAGAGUUUGCAGACGCUCUCGCAACAAAUUGUCUCAUUGAGUCAAGGCAGCGAUGAAGCAUCAGUCACUGGUGGGUCCGUUGAACCCGAAGAAUCACCAAGUUAGCCCCCGACACCAAAUUCUACCAAAUACGAGUCUCCCCCGCCUCGCUAGCGUAUGAAGCGCCAAACGUAUUAAUAAAUCAUCUUUAAAAAAAAAAUCGCCAGCAGCUCCUGUUCGACAGGUGGUAAAAUUCGCUAAAAAUUGCGCGGCUUCAAUGUCUUAAACAUUGGCAUUAAACCUAAAGAUUAGCAUCUAGAGGUCCGAAUCUGAGUUAGGCAGCUCGUCAAUUCGCAAUCGAAAUUCUCGGAGUCUCUACUCGAAGAUGUCUAGGCAGCUUGAAAAUAGUAUUGAAUAAGAUGAGAAUCUUAUUAUUGAAAAUCAUUUACACAGGGGAGAGGUCGCGGAAUGAUGAUUUGAUUGGGACUUUGGAAGGUAAGAGUAGAUAAAAAUCCAUUCGAGACGUAUUUUUUCUUUUCAUCCUAGGGGCAUUAGUUCACGAAAUAUCGAUGAUUGAUUUUUACGCUUGCGUCUCUAGUACCGAGGCAAGCAAUAAAGCAAAAAUAUUUUUUUUUUUAGCGCAUGACGCUAUAGUAGCGAGUCAAUUUUAAAUGUACAUUAAGCGCCUGACGCUAUCGUAGCGAGUUAACCAAUAAAACAAAAAUAUUCCUCGAGCGCAUGACGCUAUAGUAGCUCUGCAGCAGGCGCAUAAAUACUAAAACUUCGAUAUCUCGGAAACUAAGGCUCGUAGGAUCAAAAGAAAAAAUACGUACUUAAUGGAUUCUGAUCUAUUUUCACACUGUGAGCUCCUAGAAUUUUUGAGCGACUUAUUAUUGUCAAAGGUACAAUUUUUAAACGCCCGCGAGUUGAGGGGUCUCCGUUUUUUCAACUAGUCACAAAAAAUCUCUGCUCUCGGCACGAGUGUAUAAUUGAACAAAUCUAUGUAUAAAUAAUAUUACGUAAAUUGAUUAUACAGUCGCGAUUACCGUUCGUUAUUAAUUAUUAUGUUUUUCUUUUUAAAUAGUGGGGCACUACUAAAAGGCAGCUUUAUUUUCAAAUAAAAGUCUGUUGCCAAGACGUUCGCAUUUGUGAAAUAUGUUUGAAAAACCACGUCACCUUCCAGGAAUGUUAAAUUCUUUUUUUAGUUUCCCAUUGAUUGGAAUUGACUUGAAAUUUUGGAUUUAUCGAUUCGUGCUUUAAUCGGUAGUUUUAGUUUGAUUUAAGUAGGGAAAAGUGCCGUCCUUUUUGCAGUUUUAUAGGCAUUUUUUUUUUAAUUCGUUUUCAUGGAGGGUGGCGUGAUCGACUAUGUUUUAAGAGUCGACUUUUUUUUUUUAGUUUUGCCCCAUAAAAUGUGUGAAUCAAUUGUGUGAUAAGCAGUUGUUUAUUGAAAAUCGAGAGGUUUUUCAAACUGCUGUUGUGUAAUGGGAAAAGAUUUUUUAGAUAAGACAAAACUAGAGUUGAGUAUUUUACUUUGUUGGAAGCUUUUACUCUCUUAAGAUUGUAGGAUUUAGUAUGUGGGAGAUUAUAUACAAAUUUUUUAAAAUAUUGGCUGAAUAUUUACAUGUCGAGAAUGUAUUUUUAGGGAGGUGUCGACCUUUAUUUUUAUUUAUCCAAUUAUUUUAUUUUAACCUCGUUUUGAUUAUUAUUCUGGAAAAUUGAAUGGCUGGCAUCUCGCUAAAAAUAGAAUUUCCAUCUCUAUUUUUGAAAAUGCUUUUUGAUACUUUCGUUAAAUUUUUUAGGGGAGGGAUGGAGAGAGAGCUUCGCUUUUAGCGCGACUGUUUUUCCGCAAGAACUCAAAAGGGGAUCUAGAAAAAAAUUGUUAUAAUAAAAUCUAGCCACAUCGGUAUCAUACUUGUAGGUGUACAUAGUUAUAUAAAUUAAUCUACAAUUAUUACAAUUGCAAUACCUAAUCAAAAAGGCACUGCACUAUUAUUUGUUGUCUUAUGUUUUCACAAUCGGUUAUUAUCAUUGUUACUUUCACGAUUAAAAUUUUACCAAUUUGGGAAGCGAUCCUGUUUUAAAUAAAUCUAACUUUACAAUCAGUUCUUUCUUGUUUUGUUUUUAAUUUUUGUAAUUUCCUAGCAGUGGUACAAAUCUGUAAUUUACUCUUCAAAAAGGUAUUCUUUUAAAUUCAAAUGCCUUCAGUCAUUGGCCGAUUUACAAGUGUUUUUUUUUUUUUUACUAACAAUGAGAAUU